AUGGGCCAAGACGAAACCGUUAGCUCUAGGCAGGGGACAAAGCGUAAACGUGGCCCCUUUCGAGACUCUGAGCAGCGAAUUGAGACUGGCCUAACUCGGAAGUUGGGCGCCUGUAUUAGCUGCAGUAUGCAACGCAUAAGAUGUGUCCCGGAUCCACAAAAUCCAUCUGGGUGCUGCCGCACGUGUAUCCAAGCAGCUCGUACGCGUUUGUAUUGGCUACCAUGCCUGCGCUACAAAAUUCCAGACGCGGAACUUCUCGAUCAUGCUGCUUGCCCAAGGCCGUCAUGGAGCAGAAGGUGGAAGAAAAUGGAGAUCAUGGACAUACCAGCGCAGCAUUGGGCUUCAAAAGAAAUCAAAACAAUCCAAAUCACUCAAGAUGUUGGAGGAACAUGCUACAAGUUGAAAGUUCGGCAAUUCAAACCUACGGAUGGAGACUCUUUGGAGAGAAGAUGGAAAACGAAUGGGAAACCACAAUAUUUCAAAUGCACACCCUACGCAAUUGCAAAUAUGAAAGAAGCUGGAAAAGUACUGUCUGAGUUUGCAGAUCGUACCGUUGGGACGGCGAUUUCUCAUUACAUCGAUGAAACGGAUGUCCUCUUGCGGAGCACAUAUACCAUGGCCUAUCGAUAUUCACGAAUGGCAGAGCGUGAUCAAGAAAGAGACCUAUUGCGUGCAGUGUUGCGUCUAUGGUGCGCCUCGAGAAUGGAAUCCCACUCAGACCGAAUUUGUGGAGACGAGACAUUGGGGAUGACACCACAGGAUUAUGGCCGGGAUUGCCCCAACACCGGGAUGAUUCUUACUCCGCCUGUCUUCUCCGCCCAGCUUGAGGUUAUUGUCGUAGCAACAAUCCUACAACCAGCAAAGAAAGAAGUCCUACAGAGACUGAAGGACUUGAUGCAGGAGAAUCAUGGGCGGCAAUCUUGGCAACAGCCAUGUUGGUUCACCAUCUAUCUAGCCAUGUUCGUCUUGCUCCACAGCUGUGCGAUGCUGACCGCCGGGGACAACAAAAAGGCCCGGAAACAAGGUUCUGAGGCUCGUUUUUUUCGACAUUCAGUGGUGGAAAGCCUUCACAACGGCGCCAAGAUCCUGCUUGCAUACUUUCAUUACUGCAACAAGGGAAGCCGUCCAUUUUCAAUGGAUUGGUCCUCGCCAGACCAAAUGGCGAGAGCUGGUCUUGACACCGAACAAGCAGAAUUUAUGCGUCUAACCGCCAACGAAGUUCAGAAAAGAACUGUGAAUUUCCGACAAAUUCGAGAGCAGGGGAUUUAUGAGCACGACUACUAUUUCAUUUCUCAGCUUUAUGAUUCUGAUUGGAAACCGAAACACACCAUCUGA